CUCGAGUCUCGAGUCUCGAGUCUUGGUAGGUAAAUUUACGCAGUCAGGCAGUAAAUUACAGUACGAGAGUACGAAAGCACUGCACUGUACUGUGUCGUUGUCUCACCGCCUGGAGUUGAUUACCUAAGGUAAGGUAAAUAGCGUCCUGUCAUGAACAUCAUUCUUUCUUAUCUGUUUAGAAUGGUUUGAGACAUUCAAUCGCGGUGCGGAUCUUUCCUUCUUCUUGUUCUUCUCUUCUUCUUCUUCUCUCAACUACUACUCACUUCACUUUCAGAGCACUUAACUCAAAUAAAGAUCCGACAUCUCAAUACUGCAUAUACCUUGGCGCCUCAGGCCGAGACGGUGAUUCGCUGCAGAUCCUGGACAUUCCAAGAGCGCUUCUCUCACGUGCAUCGGGCUCCCCGACUAAUUGUUGAUCAUGCUUCUAUUUUGGAGCAUUUGGCCCCUCCAGCUGAUGAGCUCAGCCUUCUAUUUUGUACUUAUUUACCAUCCCUCCUACACACCUUCUGACAUCUUAGGAUUCCUGCCGCCUAUUCAUCCGAAACUCUUCUACAAGUGUUAGAAUCAAAUCUUUAUCCGAUUUCACUAGAAUUCAUCAAGCAUACGACAAAUCUCAUCGACAUGGUUAUUCUUGGUGGACUUGAGCUGGUAGCAGUAGGCUACAUCAUACAUAAGCACAAUCAGAACAAGAAGGAGAAGCAGCGUAUAGAAGAAGAGGCUGCCGCGCUUGAGGAACAACAAUACCGUAUAUUUCCAUCAGAUGGACGGGGCCGUCAUUCACAAUCGCAUCACCGACGAAGACGGUCGCAUAGUCGCAGGAGACAUUCAGCAGAUGGGAAAUACAGGAAAGAGAGUCCCAGACCACCGAUGCCAGUAGCAAGGCCGCCACAAUACAGCAGCGCGCCUACGCCGAUUCAAAAGCCUCUUCAAAUGCCAAAUAACCAUCCGCAGCUUUUGCACCGACCAAAUGCUCCCCCACAACCUCAGCAGAGACCGCAGCCUCAAUUUCAAGCACAACCUCAGCCUCAAGCGCAAUACCCACCAGAUAUAAAGUAUGGAUGGACAGAUGAGCCUACUAGGCGGCCGUCACAACAAGAUCCACGUUUCCCACCGACAGGCUGGCCAGCGCAUUGGGAACAGUCCAGGACAGAAAACACACCGAGGUAUCACAAUUGACGAUCUCUUAUUAGCUGAACAGCCAAGUCAGCAGGGCACUUGAUUCAGACG